GUGGACACGGCGCAGUACGGAGGUCAGCAGGUUGCGGUGCUCGCGGACCACAGUGGUUUGGCGUAGGGAAUAUGUGUGUUGACAACGGCAACCAGCAUGUUCGGCAGACAACACUCCGGGAUAUGCGAUGCUUGUAUGCGAAUAGAUGAAUAACGUUUAAAUUGGAUUGCCUGAAGAUUUCUUUGGAGAUAUUGUGUGCGUGGUUUCUUGUUUCUCUCUUGGCCUAGUAAAGGCACUUGACUUGAUCUGGUUAGAUCCCCCAUUCACACCACCUUUCGUAUUUCCCUGGAGCACGGAGAUUGCAGAAUAUAUGAUGAAGUUUAAACCCAACCAGACGAGGACUUAUGAUGGUGAAGGUUUCAAGAGACGAGCGGCAUGUUUAUGCUUCAAGAAUGAAAAAGAGGACGAGGUGUUGCUGGUGAGCAGCAGUCGGCACCCGGACCAGUGGAUUGUACCAGGAGGAGGGAUGGAGCCUGAGGAGGAGCCGUGUGGAGCAGCAGUCAGAGAGGUGUACGAAGAGGCUGGUGUAAAGGGGAAACUUGGCAGGCUACUGGGGGUUUUUGAGCACAACCAGGACAGGAAACACAGGACAUACGUCUAUGUCCUGACUGUGACAGAGGCCAUGGAGGACUGGGAGGAUUCUGUCAACAUCGGUAGGAAACGGAAGUGGUUCAAUAUCGACGAGGCUAUCCGGGUGCUGCAAAGCCACAAGCCUGUCCACGCAGAGUACCUGCGCCGACUCACAGCCACUUGUAAUCCCACAUGCAGCUCCACCUGUUGCGGCCCCACCAAUGGCAACACCUGGGUGUUCCCCAUGACGGACGACAAUGCCCCUGACUACGUCAACUCCACCACAGGGGACAGAUAGAGGACCUCCCUCGGUCAACAGAUAGGAUAGCCGCCAUCAGAGGAACCAGCAUCAUAAGAGGACCUAGCCUAGGUGCCAGUCGGUUUCUGCUGUCCUGCUAACUCCUUGUGGACUUGUCAUGUUUGGCUUGACAAUGACAGUAAUGGAGUAUGGCAAGAGCACAAACUGAUCUGGGACCAAGCCAAGGAGGACCCAAGAGGACUCUAGAGUGGAAGUACCCAGAAUAGACAUUUUGCAUGGAUUCCUUUCUGUGUUGAUUCUUAAUUUGUACGCUAUGAACUGUCUAAGUUAAAAGGAAUUCAUUAUUUUAUUAGGGGGCAUGAAGAGUGUGAAAAUGUGUCAAAUGGAUAUUCAAUAUUUUUCUUUGUAUAUUGUUUUUAUCAACUGUCAUCAGCCAAAUAAGGAUAUAUAUUAUUAAUAAAAACUGGAUCUUAAAGCUAA